AUGGGAAGCAGUGAAGCAGAGACACCUGCUAAGGCAAACAAGGCAUCUGCACCUCAGGAGCAGCAGCCACCUGCUACUUCGAGUAUUGCAACACCGACAGUUUACCCAGAUUGGACCAGCUUUCAGGGAUAUCCUCCAAUUCCACCACAUGGGUUCUUUCCCUCUCCUGUGGUGUCAAACCCACAGGGUCAUCCAUACAUGUGGGGACCUCAGCCUAUGAUGCCACCAUAUGGGACUCCACCAUAUGUCAUAUACCCUCCUGGAGGAAUUUAUGCUCACCCAUCAAUGCGACCGGGUGCACACCCAUUUGCUCCCUAUACCAUGACUUCUCCAAACGGCAAUCCUGAUGCUGCUGGAACUACCACCACUGCUGCUACUGCUGGUGGUGAAACAAAUGGCAAAUCCUCUGAAGGAAAAGAAAAAAGUCCCAUUAAAAGAUCCAAAGGAAGUUUGGGUAGCUUGAACAUGAUUACAGGGAAAAACUGUGUCGAACAUGGUAAGACCUCAGGGGCAUCAGUCAAUGGAACCAUCUCUCAAAGUGGGGAAAGUGGAAGUGAAAGUUCAAGUGAGGGAAGUGAAGCGAAUUCUCAGAAUGAUUCACAACACAAGGAAAGUGGACAAGAACAAGAUGGAGAUGUCCGAAGUUCCCAGAAUGGUGUAUCACCUUCACCAUCCCAGGCGCAGUUGAAGCAAACUUUGGCAAUUAUGCAAAUGCCAUCAAGUGGUCCAGUGCCUGGCCCAACAACAAACUUGAACAUAGGAAUGGACUACUGGGCAAAUACAGCAAGCUCCUCUCCUGCAUUGCAUGGUAAAGUGACCCCAACUGCAAUUCCAGGGGCUGUGGCCCCAACAGAGCCGUGGAUGCAGGAUGAACGUGAACUGAAAAGGCAGAAAAGAAAGCAGUCAAACAGGGAUUCUGCUCGCAGAUCUAGGCUGCGCAAGCAGGCUGAAUGUGAGGAGUUGGCUCAGCGCGCUGAAGUAUUGAAACAGGAAAAUGCUUCACUUAAAGAUGAAGUGAGCCGGAUCAGAAAGGAGUACGAUGAACUUCUGUCAAAGAAUAGCUCACUGAAGGAUAACGUUGGAGACAAACAACACAAAACUGAUGAGGCAGGACUUGACAAUAAGCUGCAACAUUCUGGCGAUGACAGCCAGAAGGACACUAAUUGA